AUGAAUGAUUUUCAGAAGAUAUUGUUAAUUUUUGGCGGAUUUGUUUCGUAUAUGCUGGCUAAUGGAUACACUUACUCUAUGGGUAUAUUAUAUUCGGAGCUCAUGAGUGCUUUCCAUCUUAGUAGUGUUGAAACUGCCACCCUACCUGGAAUGAUUUUCUCAAUGCCUCAAUUUUUUGCACCCUUUCUGUGCCCACUGCUUGACACUUAUGGAUUUUCGUCAGGUUCUGCAUGGGGUGCACUGUUAAUGUGGGUCGGAUGCUUUGUUUCCUCAUUUGCGAACAGUUUUCACAUUUUAUACUUGACUCUGGGCAUAUUGACCAGUGUUGGACUUCAGUUGACAUAUUUAUCCGCACUGAUGUCAGUUACUGCCCAAUUCGAGAACAGUUCAUAUUUUGGUUUAGCCAUAGGACUCACUAUGUGUGGUUCGGGUGUUGGUGCAUUUGGGUCGAAUUACCUUCUUGCUUGGCUCCUAAGUACUUGGAAUUGGCGUGAGGUUUUAUUGAUCGAAUCCGCCAUACUUCUGAACAUUUUAGUCACAGCAUCGUGUUCUCAUCAUUUAGAUGCAGAACUAAACGCAAAAACAUUAGUGAAACAUGAGCUGAGUUAUCCUGACGGUAUAGAAGAUACAAACCAUCAGAAUAAGUAUCCUUCUGAAGAAGAUUUUGCCAGUGAUUGUUCAAUAACUAAAUACUUUUGGAAUUCAAUUCCACUUUGUUUAUGUAUUCCAUCGUUAUUCCGCUUUCGAAAUUAUCGUCCACUUUUAUCUCAUUCAAAUAUUAUAAAGAUCAAUGCUGAAAAUAGUGAUUAUGCUAAUGGUAUAGCUGGUGCUGGAGUUGUCAUACCAUGGACAUUUAUUUACGAUCAUGUUUUAACUACUCUGUCUUAUUUGAAUGCUCAAAAUUCAAUUGGAGAUAUAAACAAUCAAGAUAUUUCUUGGCUUCCAUCUUUAAUUGGAUUCGGAUUGCUAUUUGGUCAAUUGUUUUAUGGUUUGAUAACUUCUCAGUUUGGUGACAUAGGUACCUGUUGUAAAAAUAACAAUCAAGAUUGCAAAGUUGAAAAUGGUAGUUCUUGUUGUCAACCAAAUUGUUUUCAAUCUGUCAAUAAAAAAUUUUCAUCGUCAAAGUAUAAAUUUCAUUUAGUAAUCUUCCUGAUAACACUUCUUUUAAAUAGCGCAUGUACACUAACUAUAGCUUUAGUCCCAUUAUGGUCUGUUCAAAGUGAGUUAAAGCACUUCGAAUUAUUCUCGCAUCAAGAAGGAAAACUAUUAGCGUUGGCUUGUUUUUUUGUUGGCAUAUCGAAUGGUGGAUUGUACGUCAUGUUUCCACAGUUAAUCAUUGAUAUUGUUGGUACUGAAUUAUGGUCUUCUGGACUUGGCUUAUUUUUAACUUUUAAUGGUCUUAUGAAUUUGUGUGGAACCAAUAUUGGAGGCAAAAUAUAUGACACUAGAGGUUCAUAUCAAAUGGCACUUUUAAUUGCCGCAUUUCUGCCACUAUUCGCUUUUCUUUUGGUCGUCAUGAAGGAGAUAUUCACGUGGUUAAUGAAGAGUUCUACAUUAUCUGCCAAUUCUGAUUCAAUGCAAAGACAAAUUUAA